AUGUCUUUGAUAUGUGGUACAGGAUGCCUCGAGUAUAUGGUGAACAAAGAGUACCCUGAUGGUGAAGAGGGAACCUUUUUAACCAAAAGAUUUUAUCGACGCGUUCUCACUCUCCCUACAAACCAAAAUUCCGACUUUCUCCUUCGUCUUAUUGUUCCAUCGGCGCCUUCCAACCAUUCUUCAAUUAAUGUGGUUCAGAAAGGCAAAGUCACGCCAGACUAA